UACACAGCCAUUAAGAUUGUUGAACGCGUUUGGGAGUCACAUCUCACCCCAACAGAAGUUGCGGCACUUGCUGAUAAGGCAAGUCAGAGUCGUGAUCCAGGUAUGGUUGAGGCAGCAGCUAAGUUAGCACUUAGCGUGCUUCCGAAAGCAUAUGCGCUGACGGCAGCCGAAAGUCAAAAGGCAUUGCAUCAGUGCAAAGAGCAAAGUUCUGAAAUGCUCGAGAAGGCAUGCAAAGCUGUCGAGCAAGUUGGUGAUCUUGAAGCGGCUGAGAAGGAUGGUGUCUAUCCGGAAGUAUUGUUCAAAGUUGCCCGUCAUUGGUAUGAGUUAUUCUGUGAAAGUGAAACAACUGCUCAACAACAUCAGCAACAACCAGUAACCGCAGCAAAUUCCCUCACGAAUACACCUCUACAAUCUCAAUCGCCUGUUGCACAAUUCCCACCAAGUAUCACUCAAACGCAAUCUGGCGGUGAAACCCUACCUCCGCAAUUACAUCAGGUUUUUUAUCCUACGAACGGUACUAUGCUGCAGAUACCGCAGAUGCAGUUCACUCAACUUUCGCUUGCCCAGCAACUUCCCUUCCAACAAGCAUCCUAUUAUCGUUUUCCACCUCAACAUCCCUCAGCCACUCAACAUCCGUCUGCGUUGUCUCAUCGAUCCGCAUCUCUUUUCAUGCAACCGAUCAACACCGCUCAACAGCAACAACAACAACAACAACAACUUAUCAUGCCUUAUGGACCACGUGGGCCGUUACCACCACCACCAGCAACAUCGUCGUCAGCAGUAGUAGUAAGCGGAAUGCAUUUGAAUGCAUCCAUGCAACUUGGGCAAACCUCGUCAGCACAACAGCAACAACAACAAACGUCAAGUGUUGGUAUGAUCCAAUCUGGA